GGUAGUUUUUGGAACCUUUUCCCGCGCCGCCCUCUCCCCACUCAGUGUGACCUCGUGACUUUGUCGUGACUGCGUUAGCUGAAACCUUGAUCCGUGACAGUGAGAUUUAUAUGAUCUUACGCUGCUCCAGUAUGGAGGCUCAAUCUUCUGUAGAAAGCGUCGAGGAUCAAUGCGAUAUCGUGACCUACUCACGUCAAGAGGCCCACGACAGACAAAGUGACAGUGAUGUCCCUACUACUUCGUUGUCUGCGUCUACUCGCUGUAUGAUCAUACCUGACCUUCAGUGGAAAAUAUUCCAGCUGAUCCAUCAUGAUGACGCUUUUAUGGAGCAUUCGAGAAACAAGACACUCCUGGCGCUUGCUUUGACGUGCAAGUCAUUCACUGGACUUGCACUGGACCUUUUAUGGCAAGACCUAAGUGGGCUUUCACCACUCAUCAGAUGUCUCCCUUCGAGCCUGUGGAAACAUGUAAAAAAGAAACUGGAAUUCCAAAGGAUCAUGACUAUCGAUGACUGGUCUAUUUUUUGCAAAUACAACCACCGUGUCCGUUCACUCCAAACAGCAACCAAUACGUUCGGUACCGAUAUUUGGCGCACCCUCAGCUGUCCUCCCUUCUCCCUCCCCUUGCUUCCCAACUUGAUGUCUCUAGUUUGGAGUGAGACUACCAGAGAGACAUUCCUUUACAUGCGGUUGUUUGUGACCCCAAAAUUGAUGACCCUCAAUAUCUCCCACCAGUUCACCUUUGGUCUAUCCGAACAGUCCAUUUUAUCAUCCAUCCCGAUGCUGUGUCCUUUGGUCUCGAAUUUCGGUAUUCAUGGGAAUAUAGAAGCAGGGGACAUAUCGAAUGCGUUGCAAUACUGGUCUCAUCUAUCCUCGGUGAGCACUGGAGAAGUUUCCGAAGCGGCCAUACUAUACCUAUCCAGUUUGCGCUCACUCCGAUUUCUCAAAUUUAUCUUACCUUCAACGUCCAUAUCCGUGGAUACACAAACGCUCCUGCGACAAUCUGCAUUCUGUGCGUUACAACAACUGACAAUAGAGUCCGAAACAAUGGAGCUCUUAAAUACCUUCCUCGAGACGCUCUCCAUUACUCCAGAAGUGCUAUCCUUAGACAUCACCGACCAAACGUAUACCACACUGAACCUGCCGGCUUUGAUUUCCCGUCUACCAGAUGUUUGCGGGCACAGCUCACUGCAACAUGUGCAACUCAGCAUUGCUGAUUGGUCUCUUGAUCACAACAAUACAAUCGGAGUUGCAGUCUUUCAACCACUUUCCGCUUUCCGCAAUCUUCGCAAGCUCGGCUUCGAAAUGGACCCCCGCUUGGAGUUGGAUGAUGAUGCUCUUUUGGAGCUGGCUAAGGCCUGGCCACUUCUGGAAGAGUUACACUUCAACAAAUCACGCAUGACUCAUCAUGUCUCCUCAAAUACCUUUGUCUCGCUGUUGCAACAUUGCCCAUGUUUAGUCUCGGUUGGCAUUGCCGUAAACUGGUCUGCCAUAGACAAACAUGGCAUAUCCCCCGAUGUCCCUUACCAAGGAUUUACGCACAGGGCACUAUCUCAUGCAUUCUUUAGUAAUUCGAAAAUUCGCCAUCCAACAAGGAUUGCUGCUUUCAUCUCAGCCAUCGCACCCAACAUGGAAUCAAUUGAGGCAUGGGACAUUGAUAUCUACGAGGAGCAUGAUGACUUCGACAAAUACUCUUCAAGGUGGUAUCUCGUCCAGCGUUUGAUCAAGUCUUUCUCCAUGGUUCGCGAGCAGGGCAGGAGAAUGAUGCUGAAUGGAGGCGAAGCGGCUGAUGAAGACCAUCGCAGGGUUGCGCAGCCAGCACAGAAAACAGAAAACGGGGAAGCGGCUGCUGCUGACGUUGGUGGGGCUGCGGAGGGUUCCGAGGAAGAUGGCGGAAGCGAGGGUGAUUAUUUGCCUCACUCUGACCAAGCCUCGUCAGACCCAGAGGAAGAAUGAUUUUAAACGCGAACAAUCACGCACUGAAUAUGAUAGCAUGAUUCAAGUGCUCAUGGUACUGGUUCCACCAUUAUUUUGCUACUUUCUGUCGAACAAGUUCUGAUAAGAUAAUUAUAAUAAGAGUUGGACGGAUGAGAGCUAGUCUCAAGCUGAUAACUUGUCCUUACAUCUUUUUGGACUCAGAGGAUAA